AUGGGUUUCGAAGUGAGACAGCUCUGGAGUGCCCCAGAGAUUAACCCUAUCACAAAGAAGGCGAAGUCCAUUCCCGUCUUCAAUCCUGUCGACAAAUAUGGAAGAGUGUUCUUCUUCUCAUACCUCGGAUUCUUCAUUGCGUUCUGGUCAUGGUACGCUUUUCCGCCAUUGCUGUCCGUCACGAUCAAGAAGGACAUGCACCUUUCCCAGAAUGAAGUCGCAAACUCCAACAUCAUCUCACUAACGGCUACGCUCGUGAUGCGUGCUGUUGCUGGGCCUCUAUGUGACCGAUAUGGACCACGGUACACCUUCGUCGGCUGCUUGCUCCUUGGUGCAAUUCCGUCAGCUUUGGCUGGUACAGCACAUAAUGCGGCUGGCCUGUACGCAAUCAGGUUCUUCGUUGGCAUUCUCGGUAGUACGUUCGUACCUUGCCAGGUGUGGACGACCGGUUUCUUCGACCGCAACGUUGUCGGUACGGCAAACGCUUUGGUCGGCGGCUGGGGUAAUUCUGGUGGCGGCAUUACUUACUUCGUUAUGCCCGCCAUAUACGACUCGUUGGUGCACAAGCGUGGUCUAACUCCGCACGUUGCGUGGCGCGUGUCCUUUAUUGUGCCGUUCAUCCUUAUUACUGUGGUCGCAAUCUCUAUGCUCUUAUUGACAGACGACACGCCCACCGGCAAGUGGUCCGACAGGGAGAGUGCCAUUCCUAUAGAGCAGCACCACACCGCCAUCGUUUCAACACCAGGCCAACUUACCGACAAGACUGCUGCAGGGUCUAUCUCAUCGACCGAUGACAAGGAGAAGAGGGGCCUAGGUGCUGGCGCGGAUGUGGAAGGGAACACCGCCGUUGGGCAAAGCGAUAAAGCAAUCGACACAGCCCACGCUGAAGUCGUCGUCACACCUUCAGGCAAGGAGGCACUGAAGGUUCUCUGCUCUCUGCAAACCAUCACCCUGAUGGCCGCAUAUGUCUGCUCGUUCGGUGGUGAGCUUGCGAUCAACUCCAUCCUCGGCUCUUACUACCUCAAGAACUUCCCAUACCUUGGACAGACAACAUCUGGUCGCUGGGCCGCCAUGUUCGGCCUCCUGAACAUCAUCACCCGUCCCACUGGAGGGUUCUUUGGCGACCUAGUCUUCAAAUGGUCGGGCCACAACUUGUGGGCGAAGAAGUUCUGGAUCCAUUUCGUGGGCGUCAUGUCUGGGGUCUUCUUAAUCGUCAUCGGCAAGCUUGACCCCAAAGAUCUUGACACUAUGAUGGGCCUGAUCGCGUUGAUGGCUAUCUUCCUGGAGGCGGGCAAUGGUGCUAACUUCGCUCUUGUCCCACACGUGCAUCCUCAUGCCAACGGUAUUGUUUCUGGCCUCGUCGGCGCGAGCGGCAACCUUGGUGGUAUCAUCUUCGCUAUCAUCUUCCGCCACAACGGCACACACUAUGCGCGUGUUUUCUGGAUUAUGGGAUGCAUCAUCAUUGGUCUGAACCUUGUAUUUGCCUGGGUACCCCCGAUCUCCAAAGCUCAGCGGAUGCGUGGUGUAGGCUUAGAUCCGAAAGGCAAGAAGCGGAGGCGACAAGAUGAAGAAGAAGAAGAUGAUGAUGAUGAAAGUGACAGUGACUCGAACGUGGCAGAGCCUUCUCGCAUUCAGGACCAAUCUAGGGAUCAAGAGAGAACACCGCAAGACUCGACCAACUUGGAGACCGUUCUGCUUGGUAGAGCAACGGUAAGGGCAGUUUCGGUAGAUGCGGACGGAGAUGUCGAUACUACUACAAGUACACUGCAAGGCUCGGAAGAUCUGCUCCCACCAGUCCCAUACGAAGACACGACUAUGUCUACCCCAAACGCUGACGCCCCUUCGAGGACCGCGGAAGGGGUCAGAAUAAAUGGCGUUAUCAUGAGUAUGCUCGCAGCUGUCUUAGAGAGCGACUCUCAGAAGCUUGAAUCGCUAGUCAUGCGACACCCAGGCCACAUGAAUUUCCCGAUCGGGCAGCCGUUCGAUAUCCCUGGCAGUCGCUUUUAUAACCAUCCCACAAUGAGCGCUUGUGUCAUUCUUCAGCAUCCGGGGCAAACACUACUAGACAUCGCGAGCGCCAUACCUACUGGUCCGGUAAUGUGGGUGCUGUUGGCACAUGGGGCGAAAGGCUCGAAGCAUCCUCUCGGCACUGACCUUGCCCUCCAUAAUGCGAUAAAAAAUGGGCGCACCUACACAACGCAGGCAUUGCUAAUGAAUAAUCGCUCGAAUGUGAACGGAGAACCAGGCACGAUGUGGAAGCCGAUCCUUCAGGCUGUCUACUGGAACCAACCCCAGAUCGUUCGCUUACUGAUCGAUCGAGGUGCAAACGUCAAUGAGACAUCUCCAUGGGUAGAUGGCACGCUGAAGAACGCGCUGCUUCACUGCACAGAGAGAAGACAAAGGGAGUUCCUCAAUCCAGCAGUGAAAGAGAAUUGCAAUCAGAUCCUCAAAGUGCUACUCAAUGCUGGUGCUGACAUCCAUGCUCAACCAGGUGGGGAAGGAUCGCCAACCGUGUUCGACACAUUUCUUCGCCCAUGGCAGGGCGACCCUCAUUGGAUCUCGAAACUCAGUCAAGAGGAGAUGGAAUGCCUAGAAGCAUUCAUCAGGAAGGGCGCAGAUCUUAAGACGCCAUUCAUGGGCUUCACUUGCGGCGCACACUCAUAUAAUCACUUCCAGCACCAGAUGCUUUGGCAUGCCACUCCAGCUGCAGCCCGCUUGAUCGUUGAUCACGCUUCGCCGACACCUGAAGGAAAUGGGAGCACUCUGCUACAUGAGAUCGUCGGGUCUUGUCCGGAUGCGAAGAGACAUCCUUCAGACACGCUCAGAGAUAUUGAAGUGCUACUUGGACGAGGAGCUGAUCCAAACAUCUUGGACGAGUCCUUGUUCUCGCCAAUCCGGAGAUGCAUUGAGAAGUGUCCCGCGGUCGAUAUCAUUCCACGCUUGCGUCUGCUCCUAGACGGAGGUGCUGAUCCCGAGCUCAAGCAUAGCAACCGCUUGCCUCCGUACGUGCUUGCAGCCCGCACAUUCGAGGAACCGCUUCGGUCACAGAUUAUGGACUUCUUGGUUGCAAAGAUCAAAGGCCGUCAGCCUCGUGUUGUAUACGACGACACCUUUACGUGGACUUCUGGAUACUUCCCCAUUUCCAACGAGCCGACCUGGGAGCAAGUGCAAAUGUACAGCGGUCAGAAUGGCGACUUCAAUGCGAACCUAGAGCGUAUGAUCCCGGAGGAUGUCCGCCAGGUUUUCCAACGAGCCUGCUUUAGCGUGGCCAGCAUCAAUUUUCUCAAUGUCGCAACAUUGAGGGCGAAGAUGUCGCAUCCACUCCCACCCACGGCCAUGCAAAAGGAUGAGAUCUACCAAGCCGUCGCUCAAAGACAAGCUUGCGAUCUACCCGUCUACACCUUUGACCAAGAUUUCGUCAUGCUUCUCCUCAAACCGAACAUGGCCCCCGUUCUUCCAACAUUCUCUACAUCAAGUUCGUCCGGCACAGACACAUUCCUCCUACCCCAUCAAACGCCCAUCACUUCCACCGCACAAGACGAGCCCUCUGUACUGGCCUCAUCAGCAACAUUCCGAUAUGCCAGCAGGAGAGCCGUAGACGAGAAACUCAAUCAACAUUACUUCGAGACACUUACCGUGGGCUCAAUUGCUGGAAUUCACGUUGAAUUUCUCACCGUCUCAGUAAAGGACGGCUACUAUAACCCCAUCCGAUUCUAUCGACAAGAUCCGCUUUUCUGCCGACGUACACUUGCAGACCUAAUAUUCCCAACCCUUACUUUCUAG